UUCUUUGCUCUUUCUUUUCUUUUUCUCUUCAGCCAAACAUCAAAACAGUCCUUUCCCAUACACUUUAGCGAAAUGGGGGACAAGAAGAAAAAGACUUUUAUGUUUAUCCGCCUUGUCUCGGCUGCUGGGACUGGAUUCUUCUAUGUGAAGAGGAAAAGUGCCAAGAAAGUGGCCGAGAAACUCGAGUUUCGCAAGUAUGAUCCCCGUGUAAAUCGCCAUGUUCUUUUCACCGAACAAAAGAUGAAAUAAGGGACCCUGUAGUGUUUCAGCUUUUCUGUUCUCGUCCUUUCUUUGAUACGCAUCCAGUACGUACUGUUUUUGCAUAGAUGAAGCCAAAAUAUUUGAAACAGAAUAGGAAACUGUUGUGUUUAGUUACAUCUAUUUAAGCCUCCGGGAGUUGGCCCAAAGGUUGCAUCAUGAAGAACAUUAUCAUGUAUCAAAUGCUUUAUUUAAAUAACUGAUCAAGACAUUUAUUCCUAUAUAGAAGGCAUAUUGUUCACAUCCUUC